AUGUCCGCGAAUGCGCAGCAAUCUGAGCGAGAGUCGAGUAGCAUGCGCAGCAAUUACGAAGCGAGCCAAGGGUCUGUGAAGAGCCUCGAGGAGAAAGUCUCGAGUCUGGAGGCCUCCCUACGGGAAGCUAUCGACAAGGUCGAGAAGUCGGAACAGGAGCAGGCGCGGCUGUCCAAUGAGAAGACGGCACUUGUCGCCAUGGUGAAGAAGCUUAAUCGUGACGUGGCAAAGCUGGAGACGUUCAAGCGCACGUUGAUGCAGCAGCUGCAGGACGAGAACGACGACGAACCACCCUCCAUGGUGAGCAAUCGCAUCAGAUGCUCAUUUCUUUGCCUGACACCUGAUGUUUUUUAUCUGUCCGUUCCUUUCCCUCACCCAACGCCUCAUCUUCUUCACCCUUACGUGUCCCUUCUCCUCCCUCUCAUCACCCUUACCCGUCCCUUUCUCCUCCUCCUCCUCACCCCUACCUUUCCUUCUCCUCCCUCCUUCAACCUUACCCAUCGCUUUCUCCUCCCCUACUCACAGGCCGCAGCCACUGCCGCUGCCCCCAAACCAGCAGCUUCAGAGCCCACCACGGCCUCGGCUGGUAGCGGGGCAUCUGCUGCAAAGCAGGCUGGCGACAGCGCUUCUGUGUGCUCAUCUGCCAUCUGCUGCUCCUCUCUCCCACCCUCGCUGCAUGCUCCCGACCAAUUAGAUGCGGACAGCAAUGCCGGGGACAAGGCCAAGCCAGCCAAUCAGACGCCGACGCCAGCUGCAGCAGAGACUACCCCCAGGCCGCCCAGCAUUGCAAUUCCAACAAGCAGCAACAUGGGCAGCAGCAGGCAGCACCAAUCUACUCGCAUGCUGACUAGUUGCCACCUCAUCCUAUACCCCUUUUGCAUCUCAGCCCCCAGGCCGCCCAGCAUUGCAAUUCCAACGGGCAGCAACAUGGGCAGCAGCAAGCAGCGCACGCCCCUCAUGACGCCCUCCCUGGUCUCCCCUCAAUACACGCCCUCCGCCACUCCCCCCCACUCCGCCUCGGGUGCUCCCCGUGAAGGCGUGAUGGUGGGUGACAUCCCCACUGCCACUUGCCCCCAUUCCGCCUCCAGUACUCCUAGUGAAGGAACCGUCUGUCAUACGAGCAGUUCAGCGCCUUCCUGGCCAACAUCAAGCAGCUCAACAGCAGUCCAAGCUUCUUUCCCUUGUUUCCACCUCCUCACCCUCUUCCACCCUCCCCUUCUCCCUUCCUCCCCCCCCCUGGCUCCCCCAUUCGCGUCUCUCAGGAACCGUCUGUCAUACGAGCAGUUCAGCGCCUUCCUGGCCAAUAUCAAGGAGCUCAACGCACACAGACAGUCCAGAGAAGUGCGCCUCUCUCCCACCAUGUCUCCUCCUCUCCUCCCACACAUGGACCACACCCCCUCCUCUCCUCCCUCACACGGACCACACCCCCUCCUUUCUUCCCCACACCAUAUCCUUUCUUCCCCACACCAUAUGCUUUCUUCCCCACAGCCCCUCGUUUCUCCCACACACUCCCUCCUUUUACCCCCUUGUCUAGCUCCUCCCCACCCCACCCACUUCAUCUCCCAACGCUCUCCAACCACUUUCCUUCCCGUUCCUCUUCCCCUUACUUCUGGUUUCCAAGUUCAUGCUCUUCUUUAG